AUGGAUUCGUACGAAGCUAAGAAGAGGGAGCUGUAUUGGAAGAGGAAGGAUAUAAAUUUAUAUUACCAACCCAUCAAGACGAUAAAACUAUUUUUCUUAGAAUUGAAAAAUAUCAUUUCUAAUACGUAUCAGAAAAAUAAAAAAUACAACAAGGUAAUAUUCCUUGGAAUCCUACUGGUUUUGCUUUUGUUCAAAAUAAGACAUAAAUAUUAUUACCUGGACAACUUUUUAAUUUAUAUAGAAUGCAUAAUAUGGUGGCUGUCACUGGGAAUAUUAAGUAGCAUUGGUUUGGGGUGCGGUAUGCAUUCGGGGGUAUUGUUUUUGUUUCCGCACAUUUAUUUCAUUUGCUCAACUUCGGACUAUUGCUAUUCGUUGAACUUUGACUCCAGGGUGAAUAUGUGGGGGUCCCUGCUGACGUCCGGGAAUUACUUUGAGUGUAUAACUACGAACGACGGGAAUAUAACCUUGUCAGGAUUAUUCAUGAAAGUUUAUCCGUAUUGUUUAAUAUGGGGAAUUGGAACCGCGCUGGGAGAACUACCACCGUAUCUUACGUCAUACUACGCAUCGAAGUCCAAACUGAACGACGAGGAUUAUGAAGAAUUCGAAAAGGACAUAAAGGAAGGAAAACGAAAUAUAGUAAUCGCCAUGAAAAUAUGGAUGAUAGAUUUUAUUAAAAAGCACGGAUCCAUUUCUGUUUUCCUUUUGUCAUGCUGGCCAAAUGUGAUGUUUGAUAUGUGCGGAAUUUGCUGCGGCCACUUUUUGAUGCCCUUCCAGAACUUCUUCAUUCCGCUGCUUCUAGGAAAGGCCAUUGUUAAAACCAUAUUUCAGAGCAUCUUCCUAAUUUUUAUGUUCUCAAAUAAUUACAAAGAAAUGCAGUUAAAAAUGAGCCAGAAGGCGUUAUCCAUUUUCCCCUUACAUCGCAUUUUUAAAAACAUUGACCCGUCUUCUCUCGAGGAUUAUAUAGAUGAAAAAAUCUCCAUUUUGAAAUAUGGGCAGAAGACAAAAUCCAAAAUGGAUAUUAUGUUUUUAUUUAACAUAUUUUUUUUUGUAGUAAUUAUAUUUUUUUUUAUUUCCUGUGUGAAUCAGAUAGCCCAAAAGUACCAGAAGAACAUUGACAACGAAGAAUUAAAAAAGUACAAAAGUGGCAAGGAAGAAAUUAUAAUGAAGAAACCAAAGAAAUGA